AUGGCGCCUCUCACCCAGGUGUUCGUCCGCACCCUCGACGGGCGCACGCGAUGCCUCAACUUUGAGCGCGAUGACGCGUCGCACGAGGAUGCGUUGACCCUGCGCCACCUCAGGCGCGCGCUGGAGUCCUCCGAGGGCGUGCCCGCGUCCGAGCAAUUGAUUCGGGUCGGCGGAUUGGUGCUCGGCGACGGCGACGACGACCGCGCGCUCCGGUCGCUCAGCGACGCUCCCUCCAUCGACGCGGACCUCCUCUUACGCAUUAACGGAGGUAAGGGAGGGUUCGGGUCGCUUCUCCGCGGCUCCAAGUCCGCGCAGACCACCACCAACUUCGACGCGUGCCGAGAUCUAAGCGGCCGAAGGAUGCGUCACGUCAACGCCGAGAAGAAGAUGAUCGAGUGGGCGAAGCACGCCGAGGAGCGCGAGCUCGAGAAGAUCGCGCUCAAGCACGUCAACUCCAGGAGCAGCCAGAUCAAGCGUAAGUUCGAGCAGAUCGAGGAGCAGGAGAAGGAGAGGUUCAAGGUGGAGACCUUAGCGCAGCGGGAGAGCACCGAGGAGGCUGUCGCGGCGGGCAUCAGGAUCGAAGCCCAGCGGAGGGCGGCGGAGGCGGCGGCGGAGGCGGAGAGGAAGAGAGAACAGGCGCGUAAACAGCGCGCGUUGGACGGUAUGUACGGCAUGGGCGGCAUCAGCGACAGCGACAGCGACGAGGACGAACCGACGAUGCCGAACGCCGACGACGCUCCGAAGAUGGACCCGAAGAUGCCGGAGAAGAUGGACCCGCCCGAACCGGCGCGGCCGGAGACGCCCAAGGAAGAUGCCGAGGCGCAGAAAGAGGAGAACGCCGGUUCGCCGGAUACGGGUGACACGGCGGCGGUCCUCCCCGCGGAGAUUGUGCUGAAGGAUCACGGGUCCGCGGAGGAGCUGGAGGCGUUUGGUAUGGACAGGCUCAAGGAGGAGCUCAUGAAAAACGGUUUGAAGUGCGGCGGCACCCUGGCGGAGCGCGCGCAGCGUUUAUUCCUGCUUCGCGACAAGACGAUCGACGAGAUCGACGCGAAAUACAAGCCUCCCGUGCGCAAGGAGAAGAGGCGAUGA